AUAUCUGAAUUUUAUUAUUUCGGAUUGGUUUGUCUCUACAACCGAUGAAGAUAUACAGAAUUACUUCAUGGAUUAUGGGUUUUUCUUCUGGGGUUCUGGUUUUUGGGUUGGGCUUAGUACUGUUGGGAGCUUUUUACAGUUCUUUUUUUCAAGAUGAGUUUUCGGACAUAAGCAAUGAAACCGUUGAGUUGCCACCUGCAGCUCCAUUUGUAUCAAAAGGGUCUGGCUUCCCACCAGUUCUCGCUUACUGGAUCUCUGGUUGUAAAGGAGACAAUGGGAAGAUUUUGAGGCUUUUGAAGGCAGCUUAUCAUCCUAGAAAUCAAUACAUUUUGAGUCUUGAUGCUAGUUCCUCAGAUGAUGAAAGAAGAAAAUUAGCUCUGUCAGUUCAAUCUGAAAGGGUCUUUCAAGCUUUUGGUAAUGUUAAUGUUGUUGGCAGAAGUUAUGCUCUUAACCUUAUGGGAUCCUCAGCUCUUGCAGCAACACUUCAUGCUGCUUCACUACUUCUAAGGAUCAAUAGCGAUUGGGAUUGGUUUAUCCCACUAAGUGCUUCUGAUUAUCCAAUUAUGACUCAAGAUGAUCUCCUUCAUGCCUUCACAUUCUUACCAAGGGAUCUCAACUUCAUCGACUACACCACUAACUCAAGGUGGAAGAAGAGGCAAGGGAUGAAUCACAUUGCCAUGGACCCAAAUCUUUAUUUUAAAGAGAAUACACAGAUUUUCUUUGUUUCUGAAGCCCGAGCAAUGCCAGAUGCCUUCCGGAUAUAUGGAGGUUCUCCAUGGUUCAUUCUCAGCAGAGCCUUCAUGGAUUACUGUAUACAAGGGUGGGACAACCUCCCAAGGAAACUACUCAUGUACUUCACCAAUGUAGCCUACCCUCUUGAAUCCUACUUUCAUACAGUUCUCUGCAACUCCCCUGAAUUUCAGAACACCAGUGUAAACAAUGAUCUGAGGUUCAUUGAAUGGAGCAACCAUUCAGAUAUGGAACUAAAUUUCCUCAAUCUGUCUCAUUAUGAAAGAAUGGUACUAAGUGGGUCAAUCUUUGCAAGACCAUUUCAAGAAGGAAAUCUUGUGCUUCAAAAAGUGGAUGAAAUCAUACUGCAAUGCCGGCCAGAUGGAUUUGUCCCUGGAAGGUGGUGUUUGGACACAGGAAUGAAUCAGACACUGGAGAAUUCAAAUUCAGAUACAAAUGAGGAUUGUUCCUCAAUCUGGGGAAACAUUAAUGAAGUCAAGCCAGGGCCCUAUGGACUGAAGCUCCGAGCUAUUUUAUCUAAACUUGCAGAUGAAGGAAGGCUAAGGUUAAGUCAUUGUGAUGCACUAUGAUACAAGAAGAUUGCUUGUUUAUAGCUAGAAUAUAUAUAU